CAGAAUGGGGAUAUUUCCAGUUCACCUGUACAGGAAGAGGCUGUUCAUUGACAGAUUCUACACGUGUAUCUGCCCUGUUUUCACACUGUGGAAGAGAACAACAUAUAAUUAUUUGGGUGAAGCAAUGCUGAUCGAGAAGAAACUUCCUAAUUCCUAGUUACAGGCUUGUUCAAGCAGCACUCUCUGGUACAAGUGUGAAAUCCAUUCACUAGAAAGAGACAAUCUUGGGAAGAAGUUCUCCCCAGUAUCGGUUACACGCAUUGUAACGAAUAUAGAAUCCUGGAAUCCCAGUUGCACAUAAAGCCACGUUCUAUGGAGCGGUGACAGAAGCAGGGGGAGCGGAGAGACAUUCUUAGGAUGAUGGUGACUGAUCUCGGCUGCAGUCUAAUCCUACAGAAUCUAUUUAUGUCAGUUCCGGAUCUAAACUUAGAUUCAGGCAACAGAACAGAGACUGAAGACACUUCACUUUCAGAGAGAGACCAGCACGAAUUUUACAUAAGGAAAACACUGCCAUCCUCAUCUAUAUACAUUGGAGGUGAAUUCAAAGGGUAAGGGUCGUGUGGAGGACCUUCAGCCACCUACAGGUAGAGCGAGGACGUCUACCUACUAAUAGGAAAAGCAAAGACACAUGAACCCAAGAGGGGAGAGUUGAAAUUACAUACAAAGGGUAACCCUGCCACAUGAGAGAUCUGUCCACUUAUCAAGAGGGAAAUAAUGUUCAGCUCCAUAGGAAAAAAACCCACCCACACUGGACAGUACUAGCCCAGAUGAACUUCAGCAGGAAAUAAGAAGCUACUUCACCUUGCCUCCUAGUGUGGAUUUUCCAGAGAACGUGUCAGAUGUCCUCUCCUAAGCCCUCCUUAGGGUUCUUCAGGAACUACUGACCUGAUUCAGUAUAAUGGAAACCUUUCUAAAGCCUUCUGUCAGCAUCUUAUGAGUGAAGACAAGGAAGGACCAGUUCACUACAUUCACCAUCCAAGCACUCACAGGUGGGUGGUUCACUGAAGCCCCUCCUUCGUCCUCUGGGAGUAGUUAGGAGUGCACCUGACUGGUCCCAUAGACGAGAAGCCCCCCUGGUCAUUGUGAAGCUUGUAAGAUAUUCUAAUGGCUCUGGUCUCCCCUGAUGCAGUUAUUUAAUCGGACCCUCAUUCAGACAGACAUGAAUCUUGGAUUCUUCUUCAUUCCUCGUCAUCUCCUCUGGAUCCUCUUAGACAGGUCAGAAUUAUAGACCUUCAUAUUUCAAGAUUCUUCGAAGUUACGGCUGGCUGACACAAAGCUACAGAAGACCUCAUUUCCCGAUGUCCCCUAAGCCUCCUAAUCAGCCCCUCCAUUGAUGUCUGUUGCAGGCUGCGAUGAAGCUAUUUACACGAGUGUUAUGAACGAGUUCUGUUUACAGCACUUCGAGUUAGAAAUGGAGGUGCUGGGUAAAAGUUUGUGGUGUGACUGGGGAGACACAGCUGGGUUUUACACAGACGUCACAAACUGCACAGCUCUAGUGGCUGCAAAGUUGGGCUGUUUCUGGCCAAACCACCUGGUGGAUCAUUUAUUCAUAGGUAUCCACAAAAAGUAUUUCAGGAACUGUUCCGUGACAGGGCGGUUGCCAGCAGACCCUCCGUUCCCGAUUCUCUGCUCUUUACUCUUCAUCCCGCUCUUGAUAACUCUUCUCAUGACAGCUCUGGUUGUGUGGAGAAGCAAACGCAGUGAAGGCAUUGUUUGAAAACGACAAUUACUACCUACCACUUAGUACUCAUUCUUGGUUCUUUGCUUGCUCCGAGAUAUGGGGGAGGGGGGAAAGAAUAUCUAACUUCUGCAGUCCAGAUUCAAAGUUUUCAGAUUAUGGCCUAGAAGACCCAUCAAAGCCUAUCACUAAAGAUACUGAAUGAAGGUGGUCCUUCUGAAUACUUCCUUCUAGGAUUUUUUUUCUGAAUGGCUGUGUUUCACAAUGGAUCUCAAGAAUAUAUACUAUGGAGAUAGAACUUCCAGCACCAAGCACAUCCAAAACCCAAUGGCAAGGAAAUAAGAGGCAAAAGAGACAGGGCUUGUGUUUUCAAACAAGUGUAGACGUGUAUCAUGCAGUAGAAAAUAAUUUAAAGGUUUCAGGUACCAUAAUCUUACCAUGCCUAGGGACAAAGUGUACCGGAUAGGAAGGCUGGAAUUAAGAUGCCAUGGCAUUAGAUGUUAAAUAUGUGCUUAAUACAAAAGACAUUUAAAGAAGAAGCUCAAUAAAUGUGGAGGUCUCGCAUCAGGUAUUGAUUGGUUAUAACUCGGUUUCCAAGCUAUUACAAGCAAGUAAAAAAAAAACCUACCCUUUAAAUAUAGAAUGUUAUAAUAAGCAAAUGGCCUACUGACAGUGGGACUGUGUGCACAUAAUUUAUAAAUGUAAUUAGAGUAUAUUAAAAUAAAUAGCAAUUUAAGUUCUAGGCCUGGCACGAAACAAAGAUGUAUAGUGUUAAAAGACACAGCAACAGCAUAAUGCAGAACUAGUUAUCCGUGGCCAGAGGUUUUAUUUAAAGAACUUCUUGCCGCCAUAGUUACCGUAAUAAGUACCAAUCAUGACCGCUCAGAGUGUGACCAGUACAACUGUGCAGAAAAGUGUAUUUUUCCAGACAAUAAAACUAUGUAAGAACAUGACAAAUAGGGGCGAAUGCUUAACUAUCACGAUAAUCCAUCUAUACAGCCAUUAGAACUGUAGAAAACAAAUCUCUCUUUUUUAGGAUGACAGUGUGACCUACUCUACAGUACACUAUGUUUGACUUUCAAACUAUUGGCUUUCUGUACUUUUUAGCAGAGUUUCUUUUCUUGUUUUCUUGUUUUUGCUGCUGCAUAGAUUGGGGGUGUAUUUUUUCAAGGUUCUUUACUAUAUUCAUUUUGUAAUAAUGUAUAAAUCUUUUUACAGUUUAUCUUAAAGAAAAAAUUCCCUCUGUAUAAUAAAUGUCAUUUAUUUAUA